UUUUGUUUAGUUUGCGCAAAAUUACUGAAAACCGCCGAACUUGUUUAUUUCUGGAUGUAAAAACAAAAAUUGUUGCCGUAAGUAAGUGUUGUCUAUAAACAGUUUUAUAAAUGUAGAAAUGACCGUCGAUAUGCCAAGCUUGACUUAUGUCGCCCUGUAUAUGGUGGGGGCCAGUAUAGUUGCAUCAACACCUCGAUCUGCCACCCACUGGAAACUCCAGAAAGGACCCGAUGGUGUUGUACUUGUGCAGCCGAGUUUGGCUGAAGAUGCAGUUAAAGUGGCAAGCGAAGACCCCGUGUUAACAAUCCUCACACAGCAGAAGAAUUUUGGUUAUGAUGAAGAGGAAAGCGGUAGGGAAAGCGAACAGCACACUGUGCAUCAUGAAGGGGAAUGUAUAUCAUGUGAGAAGGCAACUGAAUCGGAUCGUCAACAACAACAGAUGAAAAACAAGAACAUAGAUGUCCUGGAGUGCACCAAACAUGUAAACAAAACAGAUUACGAUUCAUUAUCAGGAAUCAUUGAUCGACGAAAACAUCCAAGUAUCCCAGAACCAGAGGUUGCAUUAAUAUUUAAAAGAAGUGACAGUGAUCAAGUGGAUAUGUCAGUGCUCGAGACUUCACUCAGAGAGGCAAUCAUGGUGACUCCCAAUUCACUGUCAGUUCUGAACCGAGUGGGCAACUACUGGAGAAUUAAAGGGAAUACACUUCUGGCAAUUGAGUGCUUUCGUAAAGCUCUGUCGAUCUCACCUACCAACCCAGAUAUUUUACUCAACCUAGCUAGGGUCCUGUUCAAUAUGCAGUACCUACCAGAUGCCCUUUUCCUGACAGAAAAGUCAUUACAACACAAGGGACCAGAUCAAAACUCAUGGCUGCAACAUUUUACAAUGGGGGAGGUGUACAAAGCGAUGGGAAAUUACCAAGAGGCCAGUGUGUACUUCAGGCAUUCUUUGGAUCUUAACCCCACUUUUCAUCCAGCAGAAGCACACCUAAGAGAGAUGGAACAACCGUUUGUGACAACCAAUGCAACUGUCUAUACCAUUCUUAUCAUAGGGGUUUUGAUAUUUGGUGUGUGUGUUGUCUUGUAUUACAUCACAGAAGCGUAUUUGAAAGAUAAUAACCAGUACCCAAGAAGGUCACCCAAACUUGCUGUCCCAUGGGAUCGGGUUCGAUUCCCAAUUCCACCACGGCUGAUGAAACAUAAAAGGGGUGGAACAUGCUAACUUGUUUACGAGUAGUGGCAUAAUACAAGAUUCUGAUCUACUUUAAAAUUAGAUGAGAUGAUUAGUUUACCAAUCUCUUUGUGAAGAUGUGAUUUAUAUGAAGGAAACGAUCACUUUUAAAAUUUCAACAAUUAUUCCAACAAAUAUUUUAGUUGAAUCAAGCCUUUGCUGCAUUACUGUAAAAGAAAAAUUCACUUUCCAUGACCGGAGCUAUACAAAAUUUCAGAAAAACUUCCAUUUUUUGUUUUCAAGAUAUAAAAUAUUACAUUUAGGAUCAACCAACCAAUCAGCAUAUUUAAAUUUACUGCACCCAUUUUGAUAAUGUUCUUGUCAACUGAUGCUUCCAAACUGCUUCCCAAACUGUGAGCAGUUGUUAGUUGAACCCUACAUAUCACAACAAAUAUUUAUAACUUGAUUUAAACUUUAAUGUCACCUCGGCUUUAUAUGGAAACAAUGAUGUGACCUCUGACGACACUCGAAAACCAUAACAUGAUUUGCGUGCAUACCGCCGGGCAAAACCUUUGUGUUUU